AUGGGGCAAGCUGCUUGCCGCAAUUGCUGCUCAGAGGGCCCUCAGGUUGAGAUCCAGUCAGUCGUGGCUCCGACUGCCCAUCCAUGUGUGGAGCCCGACACGAUGGGUCAUGAGCCAGAGAGUCCAAGCAGCGAGCUUCCCGCGAUACAUCUCACGCAGAGCAGCAGGGAGGUCCCCUCCUUGUUGAGAGGGGUUCCGUUGCGACGAACCUUGCAGCAGGGUGGAAGGAUGUGGCGGUACCGCCCAACUGACCUGAGCUUCGCAGAGAGAUCCGUGCUGUUCGCAUCUUCUGCGCCGACAGACAGCCUGGAUGUUUUCUUGUCGCACGCGUGGGAAACGCCCGGAAGAUGGAAGUACCUGUCACUGCUCGUCCAAUAUGGCUGGCGAAGCAUGCUGGUGGCCUGGGCAAUUGGAACCGGCCUGUCCUUUCUUCUUUGCAUGGCUGGUGUGCUGCCCCUCUUCCGACACUGGGAGGGAACUGCAGCGGGUGUCCGGGUGGCCUCGCCGUACGGCUGUUGGAUCUUGCUUGGCGGCUUAAUUUCCGCGCUGGCAGGCCUUUUUGCGUCCCCAUACAUCGCUUGGGGCAAAUCUUCCUGCGGAUUUUUGGACUUCUUGUGCAUUCAUCAGACCGACGAGAUCUUGAUGCAGCAAGGCAUCAACAACUUGGCAGGCUUCCUCGAAGCGUCGAAGGAGUUGCGCGUGAUGUGGAGCCCUCCGUUGCUCUCAAGGCUGUGGUGUGUCUUCGAGCUUGCGGCCUUCCGCAAGCUGAAUCCGGGCGGAGGCAUCGCGGUGCAACCCAUCUUUGUGGAGGCUACCAUGUGCCAAAUCUUUCUCUGGAUGCACGCGAUGAGCAUCGCAUCUUGGGUAGCCGGGCCACCAUCCUCCCAUGGUGCAGGUACACUAAUCGUUGUGAUGGGCCUGGGUUGUUUCUUGUUUCCGUUGGUGCACGCACUGCGACGCAACUACCUUUACAAGCAGACUCUGCUGGCCCAACUCGCCAGCUUUGAUGUGAAGCAUGCCAGAUGCCAGUGCGAAUCCGACGAAGCUCACAUCCAUGCCGCCAUCGUGCACUGGUACGGCAGUUUGCAUGCUUUCUCCGAGCAUGUUCGCGGUCCCCUCCGUGAGGAGCUCAUGAAGGUGCUUGAGGCGCCCGGCUUCCCGUUUGGCUACGCGUUCCUGCUGUCAACUCCGAUGCUGAGCACAGGGCUGGAGGUCUGGGUGGCCUACUGGAAGGGUGGCGCCACCCUUGAGGGCAUGUUGGCUUACACCUUGGCCAUGGUCUUCGGAAUGAACUUCGUUUGGUUCCCGGCCAUGUGGGCUCUUUUGAUCUUCAGCUGUGAGAAGGGCAUCGGCUUUAGAUCUUUCCGGUGCCGUCCGUGCUGUGAGACCGUGGCGUUGGCCCUGAUUUGGUGGUUCCUCUUCUUGUUUGGGACCCUGUGUGGAAUUCGCGCGUACGCAUCCAGUUUAACACUUGCACUGCUGUGGCUUGCGAUUGCCGUUCUUUUCGCCGGCAGCACUGCCCGAUACCUCUGGCGCAAGUGA